GACCCUCCGUUUUCUCCCUACGCUUCUCCUCCUCCACCUGCCUCUGCCUCUCCUCUCUCUCUCUCUCUCUUUAAAAUCGUCUCCUUUCUCUGUAGAUCGAAGCAAUUCACCUUCAUCUUUCGUCGAAGAUCACCUCCGAUUGCGACGAUCGCGGCCCUAUACGAUUCUUUGAUGUGCCUUCGAUUCGAUGCUCAUCUAACCCAGUUUGUAACAACUGGGAAAAGCCUUUUGAUAAAUGGAGCUAAAUUGCUAUGAUCGUAGUUGAUUGCAGCUUAUCGAGGCUGCAUCAAGCAUGUCAACCAUGUUUUGGGUGAUGUUAUAUCGCUUAUGUCAUGAGAGUAGGGAUUUCUUGUAUUUCAUAAGUUCUCUGCUAUCUGCUAUCAACAUCCAUUGCCCACAAGUUGGUAAAGGGUACUGCAAAGCUGAUAUACAGGAUCGUGUUUGUGAAUUCUUGUGGAGUUCAGUCAGACAGUAGUGAUUGUGUUCUGGUGAAAUUUCAGCUAUGGAAAGGUAUAGAGUUGUAAAGGAAGUUGGGGAUGGAACUUGUGGAUGUGUUUAUAAGGCACUCAAUCUAGAAACAAAUGAGAUAGUUGCUAUCAAGAAAAUGAAGAGAAAAUUUUACUUUUGGGAAGAAUGCAUAAAUCUGCGUGAAGUUAAGUCUCUUCGUAAAAUGAAUCACCCCAACAUUGUCAAGCUGAAGGAGAUAGUCAGGGAGAACCAUGAGCUUUUCUUUAUAUUUGAAUACAUGGAAUGUAAUCUUUAUCAAAUCAUGAGAGACCGUCAAAAUUCUUUUACUGAGGGGGAGAUACGAAGCUUUAUGUCUCAAAUAUUGCAAGGACUUGCAUAUAUGCAUAAAAAUGGAUAUUUUCAUCGGGAUCUGAAACCUGAGAAUCUGUUGGUCACAAAUGACAUUAUUAAAAUCGCUGACUUCGGACUGGCAAGAGAAGUAAUGUCAAAGCCUCCUUAUACUGAUUAUGUUUCUACAAGAUGGUAUCGAGCACCAGAGGUGUUGCUGCAUUCUUCAUCAUAUACCCCUGCAAUUGAUGUAUGGGCUGUUGGUGCAAUUAUGGCUGAGCUUUUCACACUGUCUCCGCUUUUCCCUGGUGAAAGUGAAACAGAUCAGAUAUACAAAAUAUGCACUGUUCUUGGGACUCCAGAUAGAAGUAUCUGGCCAGAAGUGAUGGACCUUUCUCGAUCAGUAAAUUUUCGAUUCUUUCAGAUUCCACCAGCCAAUCUCUCGGAUGUCAUUCCUAAUGCUAGCUUGGAAGCAGUUGAUUUGAUCCUGCAACUUUGCUCCUGGGACCCACAAAGGAGGCCAACUGCGGAGCAGUCCCUACAACAUCCCUUUUUCCAUGUGGGAACAUGGGUUCCAUAUCCUCUCCGGGAUCCCUUUUAUGCGAAGAUAAAUGAAACUGGACCAAAGCCAAAGCUUGAGUUGAAUCUAUGGGAUUUUGGCACUGAAUCGGAUGAUUGCUUUCUUGGUCUGACACUGGCUGUCAAACCUAGUAUUACCAAUAUAGAUGUUAACGAUGCCUCACAACAUUCAAGAGAGGAAUUCCUUUUUUGCUCAGGGUAUCAGGAAAAUCCUAGGCAUUCAGUCUUUUGGCCUCUGAUAUCUUCAAAUGGAAGCAUGAAUGAUGGACCAACUAUGCCUUCCUUGUCAUCAUCGUACUUGGUAAACAGCCAAUCCUCCAUACCAAAUGUUGGGAUUCCAGAAUCCUCUGCAUUCACCUUCUCUUCACUGCAGCCAAAUUUAUUAGACAACUGUUCGUUUGGACCCAUGAUGACCAUUUCUUCACCCAUUCAGCAGGGUCAUUUCUUUGAGUAAAUACAUUUUUAGGUCAUUAGUUUUUUUUCCCCCAUCUUUUCCUCUUUCUAUAUACAAAUGCAUGCAUGAUUGGCAUUUGAGAUGGUCAAAUAAGCGGCUGAUUUAUUGUGGAAAAUUGUAAAUUAUGGUUUUCAUUUUUGUAGAGAACACUGACAGAUGAUCAAAUAAGAGACUUUGUGUACAUAUUAUGUCAAUCAACAUUAUCAGGUUGUGACAUACAAUAUGAUCAAUGAUAAACAAAAUACACCUUUAAUUCGAA